AUGGAAUGAAGGUUACGAAUGGUCCAUGUUUCCUACGUUUUUCCCUAUCAUGUUUUCCCUUUGUUUUCCCACUCACCGUCUUCCCUUGCUUCAACACACCCCUUUCCUUCCCCUCCUUCCCCUCUUCCUUCCCCCCUUCCCUUCUUUGUGUACAGCUGGCUCCUAACGAAGACUUCCCGGGAGGAUGGUGGAGCGAGAUCAUCGAAAGAUUUCCUUGGCUCGAGCAGUGCUCGUGGCCCAGCAAACCCGCUCAAGUGCUACUGACGUGCAUGAAGAUGGAGACCAUGGAAGUGAUAAAACAGGUUUGGGAUUCGGGACGCUUUCCGUACUUCUUUGAGAUGAUCGGAUUUAGCGACCUUGUGAAGCUCGCAAGGGCAUGGGAUAGCAAUAGGGAAGGGUUUCAGGCUGAGAUCGAAAGGCUAGGAACGGACCUAGAAAGACUGAAGGUUGAUUAUACCCAGGAAUGCAUAGUAUUGUCAAAAAGAGAGGCCAGGGUUGAACAGAUCUUUCUAAAAGCCUGGGGACUGAGUGAUUCGCACCUCCUGGACCUGAUUCCAGCAGUUCCGACCCCCCCACUCGCACGCCCCCCGACGCAGCAGCCGGGCGGCCCCCAUCCCACACAAGCGGCCGACAGCCCAGCGUUCGCGUUCAAUGAUGACGAGAUCGCCGAAAUGCAGCAGGCGAUCGCAGCCAUCUCUUCGUUAGUACAUCAGCCCCCUCCAAGGCGAGUCUCCAUCUCUAGAGCGGCACGCAUGUCCCUCUCCUCUAGACAGUUCACAGCGUUCGUCCCCCUAGCAUCCACGCACUGGGUAUGGCACACCUCGAUAGGCUACAAGCACUGCGUCUGGAAGAUGGACACCUAUAACCAUCUGGCCCCCAUCUCCUUGCGAGCCUUUCAGUUUCUCGCUGGUCUCACAGAUGAACAAGUGAGGAAAUGUCGAGCCCGAGCCUAUACUGCACAGAUGAAUUACUGCGGCAAGUCGGUCUCUCCUUUCGCCCCUUGUGAGCUUUUGUUCCCACUCAUGAGUUACUUGGAUCCAGAGAAGUGUGGACAGUCCACCCCGGUCAUGUGGCACAAAGCCAUUAAACCACCACCAGCUCUGGAUCUCAGGAACCUACGCAAGAUCUGGAGCGUCGACAGACCCUACCUGAAGUGCAGUUGCAAGCAGGAGGAUGGAGGGAAAGACUGUCCCGGCGGACCCUUGUGGAUGGACCACGCCUUCUGGUUUCUACUGGCGCACUCGGACGUCCUCUUCCUCACGAUGUCGUCCAUCAAAGUCAAGACAUCAAUGCUCGUCCACUUCAUGAGGACCACGUGGAAGGAAGCUGUCAUCGGCUGCAUCACCUUCAUCUUCGUAAGGGAGCUCAUGAUGGACUACAUGGCGGCUCUGGAACAGGAGGAGGUACUCACGGCGGAGACGGUCAUCAAGGACGAGAGACUCUGGAGGCAUCAACUCCCCCCGACCCUCGGACGACUCCUCCUUCCAACAAGGAUCCCUGCCAGACCAAGAAAAGUUACCCCACUCUCAAGAGCAAGGAAUACGCCUGCACAGAUACCUGGACAGGCGAGACUCAACUUCUCGGCCGUGAACAGAGCCGGCGGCAAUGUUGCAGCAGAAGCUCGAGCGCAACCAGCAGCGCAAGGGGCGGUACCAGCAGGACAGCAGCAACAGCAGCAGCAGGAACCCCCCCCCGUCCAGCGAGCGCAGGAGGAACCGCAGAGGGCAGAUGCGGAUAUGCGGCCCAUCGCCGCAGCUGGCAGCAGAAACAGCCAGGAGCUGGACCAGGAGCCAGACACAGCUCCAACUAGGGGGAUGCUGGGACCAAUCCACACGAGCUAGACAGGCCUUCCCAACUGGCAGCACGACGAAGAGGACGGGUACAAGCCACUCCGAUGUCCGCGCAACCAAAGGCUGCGCGGCUCGCGCAUGUACAUGGGAAGAGGAGGUCUCCAAGAGAAAGUUCUGGUAUUGAUUUAGAACAUUCACAGCCCAGCAAGAAGCACAAAAGGAGGGCGACUAAUGGCGGAGGAACUCGGAUAGUCACGCCAUGAAGGAGAAGACCGGAACGACUUGGAGGGGAUCUAUUCUGCAGCUGAAUGUGUAUACGGGUGCAUGGGAACGAGUAUACACAUGUGCAUACAUCGAAACAAAUGCCCCCUCCCUCU